UUGUGCAACGUCUUGGAAACUCUGCUUGCUUUGUUUGAGAGAAAUGUCCAGCAUUUGCCCCGUGUUUGCGGAGUUAAGUCAGGCCGUGAGCCUGGACUACAUAAUGGGCGACAUAGAGACAUAGGUGGGAGUCAACCCCCAUGGGUAGGUAGCCAGCAUAUGCGAUACGAUGGAGUCGAAAUCUGCUCAGGUUCAUCCAGGAGACGCAGAUGCCCGGAACAGCGACCAUGUCAAUUCGUCCACCGAGGACGUUCGAUCCACCGCUCAGCCGACGGUGUGGGCGACCAUCAAACAAUCCUAUAAGAUAUUGAGCUACUGCGUUGCUCUGACUGCCGGCAUCCUGCUUUACGGGUACGAUAUGGUCAUUGUGAACAAUGUGUCGUCCAUGCCACAGUUCCAGCGUGACUAUGGCCGGGAAUUGAAGGGACAACUGAUCAUUCCCUCGGUCUGGCUGAGCCUCUGGAGCGUGGCCGGCCCGAUCGGGGGCUUGUUCGGUGCGAUCGCGAGCGGCUUCGCCCAAGACCGUAUCGGUCGUCGCUUUUCGCUAGCCAUUGCCAGCCUGCUUUCCGCCAUAGCGGUCGCCGUCUUGUAUGUCUCCAAUCUCGCGACCGAGAUCGACGACCGCAGGGCCAUCUUCCUAGUGGGAAAAUUAGUCCAAGGAUUCGCCGUGUACAUGGUCGUGAGCACGGCUGAGACCUAUAUGUCAGAAGUACUGCCUACCGUGUUACGAGGGCCGACUCUUGCUCUGUUUCCCAUCUUCACACUCGUGGGCCAGUUGGUAGGUAGCGCGGUGGUCCGGAGCGCCCUCCACACUCCCGGAGCGAGGGGCUACCUCAACUGCUUCCUAUCGCAAUGGCCCUUCUCAGCUCUGUCCCUCUUAGUGUCCGUCAUGAUCCCCGAGAGCCCAACGCACCUCGUCCGCCAGAGCCGAUUGGACGAAGCGCUCAAAGCACAGAAACGACUAGAUUCCGCCGAGUGUUUCGUGGGGGUCAACCGGCGGCGCACAAUCAUCGUCCUCUUCGUGAACAUGAUCCCGAAUAUGAUGGGACUCGUACUGUUGGCCAAAGCAAGCUAUUUCCUGCAGAUCAUCGGCUUGGGAGCGAACACAAGCGUUAUGAUGCUGCAGGUCAGCAUUGGGCUGGGGUUAGCAGCCAAUGUCUUCAGCUUCUGGACGUUGUCCCGAUUUGGCCGCGUAUCGCUCAUCAUUGCAAGCUUGGGGAUCAUAGCACUAUUGUGGCUGGGUAUGGGCAUUGCCGGCUGUUUUUAUGGAGAAGUCACUGUCUGGUACUCGGCUGUGACGUUCUGUUUGGUCGUCGUCUUCAACGGAGCUGGGGCAUGGCCAGCGACCUACGCCGUGGGCGCGGAGACAUCCUCCCUACGGCUCCGCGCCAAGACGCAAGGACUAGGAUGGCUCGUAAAUUGCCUCGCAACUGGGGUUGCCGGUCUGGUGCUGCCCUAUGCAUUCAACCCGGACCAAGGCGCACUGGGCUCAAAGACAGGAUUCAUGUUCUCCGCCUCCAGUCUCGUGGCACUGCUGAUAACAUGGUUCCUGGUGCCGGAGAUGAAAGACCGGACCCCAACUGAAAUCGAUCGUAUGUUCGAAAACCACCUGCCGACGAAGGAGUUCAGAAAAUGGUCACCCGAGAUGGAUGAGGUGACAGUCAGGUUGGGUGUCUGACUGACUGGCCGGGACUUCGGGUGGUCAGUCAUUUCAUAUCGCGCAGUAGCGUCAUGCUUCUCGCUCUGUGUUGACGACUUUGAUCGUGCUGGUGAUCUCUUGCAAUGAUGUGUUUAAACAACCUUAUCAAAAGCGAAUUCCUCCAAUGAGACUCUUACUCGUUGAAUCACAAUUUUUCCUCGUCAUUGU